CCCUGGGGCAGGGGGGUGGGUGACCUAGCAAAGGAGGGGCGCUGUGGACCCCUCCCUCAAGGUGGUCUGGGCUGUGACCAUAGGCAGGGCCCAUAGAGAAGGGACCAGGGUAUGGAAGUACAAGCGAGGGGCCAGGAGGAGAGGAACAGUGGGACUCCCCUCUCCCAAGUGCACUGUGAGCUUUGGACACUUACUGGGCUUGGGGUCUUAUUUCAGGGAUGAAGUUGCUCCCAGCCUUGGUAGGGCUCCUGGCCGUUCUGGUCAUACCCGGGCCCUCGGAGGGUGCCGCUCCAGCUGUCCUGGGGAAGGUGGAAACCUCAGUGGUUCUGACCUGCAUGGAAGAGGCCAAGCGGCUAGUGGACAAGGCCUACAAGGAGCGACGGGAAAGCAUCAGGCAGCGGCUUCGCAGUGGCUCAGCCAGCCCCAUGGAGCUCCUGUCUUAUUUCAAGCAGCCCGUGGCAGCCACCAGGAAAGCUGUGAGGGCUGCGGACUAUUUGCACGUGGCCCUAGGCUUGCUGGAGGAGAAGCUGCGGCCCCUGUUGUCAGGGCCCUUCAACGUCACUGACGUGCUGACGCCGGCCCAGCUGAAUCUGCUGUCCAAGUCAAGCGGCUGCGCCUACCAGGACGUGGGCGUGACGUGCCCGGAGAAGGACAAGUACCGCACCAUCACGGGGCAGUGCAACAACAGACGCAGCCCCACGCUGGGCGCCUCCAACCGCGCCUUUGCGCGCUGGCUGCCGGCUGAGUACGAGGACGGCUUCUCGCUUCCCUACGGCUGGACGCCCGGGGUCAAGCGCGGCGGCUUCCCGGUGCCCCUGGCUCGCGCCGUCUCCAACGCCAUCGUGCGCUUCCCUACGGAGCAGCUGACCCGGGACCAACAGCGUUCGCUCAUAUUCAUGCAGUGGGGCCAGCUGAUUGAUCACGACCUCGACUUGGCCCCUGAUCCGUCCCUCCGGGUCGCCUAUGUCAGUGGUGUUAACUGCGAGACAAGCUGCCUGCAGCAGCCACCCUGCUUUCCUCUCAAGAUCCCGCCCAAUGACCCCCGCAUCAAGAACCAACAGGACUGCAUCCCGUUCUUCCGCUCCUGCCCUGCCUGCACAGGGAACAACAUCACCAUCCGCAACCAGAUCAACGCCCUCACCUCCUUCUUGGACGCCAGCAUGGUGUACGGCAGUGAGGAAUUCUUGGCCAUGAAGCUGCGCAACACGACCAGCCAGCUGGGGCUGAUGAAGGUCAACAACCAAUACACUGACAAUGGCCGGGCCCUGCUGCCCUUCGACAACCUGCAUGACGACCCCUGCCUCCUCACCAACCGCUCCGCACGCAUCCCCUGCUUCCUGGCAGGGGAUUUGCGCUCCAGUGAGAUGCCCGAGCUCACCUCCAUGCACACACUCUUUCUGAGGGAGCACAACCGGCUGGCCACAGAGCUCAAGCGCCUGAACCCUCGCUGGAAUGGAGAGAGGCUCUACCAGGAAGCCCGGAAGAUUGUGGGAGCCAUGAUCCAGAUCAUCACUUACCGGGACUAUCUGCCCCUGGUGCUGGGGCCAGAAGCCAUGAAGAAGUACCUGCCCAAGUACCGCUCCUACAAUGACUCUGUGGACCCCCGUAUUGCCAACGUCUUCACCAACGCCUUCCGCUAUGGCCACACCCUCAUCCAACCCUUCAUGUUCCGCCUGGAUAAUCAGUAUAGGCCCAUGGGGCCCAACCCCCGUGUUCCACUCAGCCAGGUCUUUUUUGCCUCGUGGAGGGUCGUGCUGGAAGGUGGCAUUGACCCCAUCCUCCGGGGCCUCAUGGCCACUCCUGCCAAGCUGAAUCGCCAGAACCAAAUUGUGGUGGAUGAGAUCCGGGAGCGGUUGUUUGUGCAGAUCAUGAGGAUCGGGCUGGACCUGCCCGCUCUAAACAUGCAGCGCAGCCGGGACCAUGGUCUCCCAGGGUACAAUGCCUGGAGGCGCUUCUGUGGGCUGCCGCAGCCCCAAACAGUGGGCGAGCUGGGCACAGUGCUGAAGAACAUAAAACUGGCAAGGAAGCUGAUGGGGCAGUACGGCACACCCAACAACAUUGAUAUCUGGAUCGGUGGCGUGGCCGAGCCCCUGAAUCGCAAUGGCCGUGUGGGGCCGCUCCUCGCCUGCAUCAUAGGGACCCAGUUCAGGCACCUCCGUGAUGGCGAUCGGUUUUGGUGGCAGAACAAGGGUGUAUUCAGCAAGAAACAGGAGCAGGCUCUGGCCAAGAUCUGCUUGCCUCGCAUCAUCUGUGACAAUACUGGCAUCACCACUGUGUCCAAGAACAACAUCUUCAUGUCCAACACAUUCCCUCGGGACUUCGUCAACUGCAGUAAACUUCCUGCGUUGGACCUGUCUUCCUGGAGAAGCACAGACUAGAGCCUGGGUAAGGGGUGCUCUUUGAGGUGAAGGCUGGGGACACCUGGGCUGGCCAUUGCAGCCACAGAUUUCCCUUCCCUAGGCGAGCCACCCCUGUUCUGGGUGCCGGCUGAGAAGACGAACGACUAGACAUUCAUUCGUACGUGUGCAGACAUGCAUAGUGUGUAUAUAUUGCAUUAUGUGUGUAUGUGUUAUCUGUGAACAUGGGUACUGUGCUGUGUGUUGUGUACGUGUGUGAUUUAGUGAGUGUGUGUUUGUUGUUUCAGUGAGUAUUACAUAUACGGGAGGCAGCAGAGUGGAUUGGGGAUUAGCACAGGCUCAGGAGCAGGACUGCUUGGGUUCAAAUGCCUGUCCAGCUUCUUACCAGCUGUGUGACCUUGAGUACGUUCCUCAACCUCGCUAAGCCUGAAUUUACUUCUUUGUGAAUAAUAAAACAGUUGCUAUUACA